CGGCCAGGGUGGUUGGUGGUGAAGAUUGAAGCUCCGUCCCAGCGAGGCCAAGGCGGUGGCCUGAGGUUCAGGGCCCCCCCGGCCCCUCCCUCCCAGCCCACCGGUCACCUCCCAGCCCCCGAGCUGGACCGCACACCUUGGGACUCCGUUUUCCACUUCCUCAGGACGAGCCCCAGGCUGGAGGAGAGGCCUGAGGAGGUGGGCGUUGGGCUCUUUGCGAGGACCCCCGCGGCUGGCCCCGGGGAGGCGGCCGAGGCGGCGGCCGGGGGUGACAUGGCGGAGGAGCAGGACCUGUCGGAGGUGGAGCUGAGCCCCGUGGGCUCGGAGGAGCCCCGCUGCCUGUCCCCGGGCAGCGCGCCCUCGCUGGGCCCCGACGGCGGCGGCGGCGGCGGCGCGGGCCUGCGAGCCAGCCCCGGCCCCGGGGAGCUGGGCAAGGUCAAGAAGGAGCAGCAGGACGGCGGAGAGGCGGACGAUGACAAGUUCCCGGUGUGCAUCCGCGAGGCGGUCAGCCAGGUGCUCAGCGGCUACGACUGGACGCUGGUGCCCAUGCCCGUGCGCGUCAACGGCGCCAGCAAGAGCAAGCCGCACGUGAAGCGGCCCAUGAACGCCUUCAUGGUGUGGGCGCACGGCGCGCAGAAGCUGGCCGACCAGUACCCGCACCUGCACAACGCCGAGCUGUCUGAGACCAGCUGAAACCUUUGGGGGCUGCUGAAUGAGAGUGACAAGCGCCCCUUCAUCGAGGAAGCUGAGCGGCUCCGGAUGCAGCACAAGAAAGACCAUCCGGACUACAAGUACCAGCCCCGGCGGCGGAAGAACGGAAAGGCGGCCCAGGGGGAGGCAGAGUGCCCAGGCGGGGAAGCUGAGCAAGGGGGGGCUGCUGCCAUCCAGGCCCACUACAAGAGUGCCCAUCUGGACCACCGGCACCCGGAAGAGGGCUCUCCCAUAUCAGAUGGGAACCCAGAGCACGCUUCAGGCCAGAGCCAUGGCCCGCCUACCCCUCCAACCACCCCAAAGACAGAGCUGCAGUCGGGCAAGGCAGACCCCAAGAGGGAUGGGCGCUCCCUGGGGGAGGGCGGGAAGCCUCACAUCGACUUCGGCAAUGUGGACAUCGGUGAGAUCAGCCACGAGGUAAUGUCCAACAUGGAGACCUUUGAUGUGGCUGAGCUGGACCAAUACCUGCCACCCAACGGGCACCCAAGCCACGUGGGUAGCUACUCGGCAGCUGGCUAUGGGUUGGGCAGCGCCCUGGCCGUGGCCAGUGGACACUCUGCCUGGAUCUCCAAGCCACCGGGUGUGGCUCUGCCCACGGUCUCGCCCCCUGGUGUGGAUGCCAAAGCCCAGGUGAAGACAGAGACCACUGGCCCCCAGGGCCCCCCGCACUACACCGACCAGCCAUCCACCUCGCAGAUCGCCUACACCUCCCUCAGUCUGCCCCACUAUGGCUCGGCAUUCCCCUCCAUCUCCCGCCCCCAGUUUGAUUACUCUGACCAUCAACCCUCAGGACCCUAUUAUGGCCAUUCAGGCCAGGCUUCUGGCCUCUACUCGGCCUUCUCCUACAUGGGGCCCUCUCAGCGGCCCCUCUACACGGCCAUCUCUGACCCCAGCCCCUCAGGGCCACAGUCCCACAGCCCCACACACUGGGAGCAGCCAGUAUACACGACACUGUCCCGGCCUUAA